ACCCAUGAGAUACGGACGGUUUUUCAUGGUCUGAAGCACCAGGCUCGAAAUACCUGUGCCAUUUGAGAAUUUCUGCCAAUCCGAGACCUGACAAUUCAAACUAUCUGAUAUCAAUUGCAUUUCCAAUCGUGGUCUGCAGCCUACUACCUAGUGGAGAUAAUAUCUCCUUACGUUAUACGGUGCUUACAGACAGCCAUGCAUGGUUGAUGAGCGUUAUGAAAUCCCAGGUUGACACCAUAGCUUCUUUAUGAAAGUCGUUACGUACUGAGCCGUCUUUUCCUCGUUCCCAAAGCCUAGGAUCGAUGGUUGACGCUCCCAAAUAUUCCUAUCUAGCCUUCGCGUGGGGGUUACCAUCAGGUCCCUUGGACAGACUCCGCAACAGUUGAGCAAUCCGUAACCUCCAAAUAUUCGCUUUGUCGUCUUUUUCUCAAUAUCCGCCGUUGUCGACUGAAAUCCAGAUAUAAGGGCGAUUGGAGUGGAAUUAGGCUUUCAUUUUAUCUCCUCGGGCCUCACCGCCGAUGCCGCCUGUCAUGUCUCAACAUUAGACGGCGUCGGCUUCCGUUCACAUGAUGGCGAUGACGCCAGAGAGCGAUUUGGGCUCGGCGCGUAUCCGCUCCGUCGGUCCCAAAGGCGUGUCACGCCAGGAGCUUUUUAUUCUUAGCGCAGCAUCCUUCCAUGGAAGCUUCUCCAGCACGUUAUCCAAAAUACAGUUUUCCACCAACAAACAGGGACAAUCGCCAAUCCACCUUGGUUCAUCUGUCUUGUCAGCCUCGCCAUGGCGUCAUCCCUUCCCGCUGCUAAGCAGCAGCUGAGAAGUCUCAUGAAGCAGAAGCUGUCCAAGAUCACCCAGGACUCCAUCACCACUCAGAGUCGUUGUAUUUUUGAGACCUUGAAAGAGUUUCAGCCUUACAAGGAUGCUCGGCGCAUCAGCAUCUAUCUGGCCAUGCCGACGGCUGAGGUCCAGACAGAUGCUAUUGUGCGCCAUGCCUUAUCUGCUGGCAAGCAGGUCUUUGUUCCUUACUUACACAAGUCGCCUUUUCAAACACCGGAUACUCCAGCUCGGGUAAUGGACAUGGUUCACCUAAAAGACGUCCAGGACUAUGAGAGCCUCAAGUUGGAUAAGUGGGGGAUUCCCAGCGUGGACCCAACUACUGUCGAUGCGAGAAAACGUAUACUGGGUGGUUCAGACAUUCAAAGUUCCGAGCCUGCAAUUCUAGACUUCAUGGUUGUGCCUGGAGUCGCAUUCGACUUUGACCAGUCAGGGUCGAUUCGACGCCUUGGCCACGGCAAGGGCUUUUAUGAUUUCUUUAUCAACAGAUACAUGGCCAAACUCGAAACAAAGGACAUAGCGCACGAGAACCCGCUACAUUUGUAUGGCUUGGCUUUGACAGAACAGAUAGUGCCUGCGACAUCGGAGCUUCAGAUUCCCACGGACACUCACGACCGUAGACUCAAUGGCCUUAUUCUUGGAAAUGGCGAGAUCAAGGCCGGUGUACAUGAAGCUUCUACUUCGCGAUACCCACGACAAGAUCUAUAACAUUAGAAUCGAAGGACCUGGAAUAAGAUUGGGGCCACGUGAUAUUCCCAGGUGUAGGUACAAUAGAUUCAGCUCUGUUGUUCAGAUAGUUGACAAACUAUCCUCAGCACAAACACGAAGCUCUGUUAUCAGGUAUCAUGAAUCAAAUGUUUGAGUUUCGUAUACAUUAAAUGUUAUUAAUAAUACCAGAGAUGCAGAUA